AUCAGAGUAGACCCAUUGAAAUUAAUGGAUCUGUUACUUAAGUCAAUUUGAGUGGGUCUACUCUGAGAAUGACUAACCUUGGCUAUCCUCUGUUUUAUACAAGCAGAUCACAAUAGAGAAGGGACUUUGAGCCGUAAAUGAUAGUUGCACCAGUUAUACCCAAUCCUGGUUAAGGACAAUUAAAAACAGAGUUUUGGAAUUUUAAAAGGGGUUUGCUUCCUGUCCAGACAUAAGCCAUGAUGGGGCCCUUUCCUCAUUUUUGGCACCACAACUUCCAAAUGGAUGUUGAGCAGGCAUGUACUUAAUAGUGAAUGUAAGAAUUUGCACAAACUUGCCUACAUUCCCCACUCCUCGCUGCCUUUUGCCUUUAUUUCUAGGUUUAUUGGAAGGUGAUGGUACAGAACAGUGCUUUAACCCAUCUUGCUGACUGAAGCUGCUAAAUUCAGACUUUUUAAAAAUUAUAUCUUCUGAAUCCUCCACUGUGUUGCAAAUCAGAACUCACACUUUUUAACGUAAGCAUAAUUCAGCCUUUUGGUUGUCUUUGAUGCUGUGAAGUUUGAAUGCCUCUUUGAAAAGGCAAAAAAAGAAGGGGGAAAAAAGCUCUAACUUUGAUCUCUCUCUUUUGUCUCCCUGCUCUCUUCCUUCCACAGCUGUUACAUUUGGAAAGUGAACCCCUCCCACCCCCUGCCUCUCAGGCAGCUUUUAUGCCUUUCUUAGUGGGGUGUUCGCUGAGUCUCAAAAGGCUGAGCAAAGUGGCUGCUCAGUUAACUCUGUGCCUGCUGUUUAGUUAGAAUGCCUGGAUUGGUGGUGCUGCUGGUUCUAAGAUUUGGGAGCCAAGAUGCUCCUGCAGGCAAGAUGCUCACAGUGCCCCCCCCCCGCAAAAAAAAUCCUUGUUGUGUGCUCAACUCACCAUCCUUGCCAUAACAACAACAACAGUAGAAAUUGGAGUUCUUGGUAAAGUCCAGAAGUAAACGAAAAAUUACAAGAACUCGGGCCAGAAAGGAUAAUUUCAAAAAAUCUUCACAAAGUUUUAUUCAGGAUAACUUCCAGUAAAUAUCAACUUCUGUAUGUUUGUUUAUUUGAAUCAACAUUGACAGACUCCUUCUCCAACAGGAGUCCAAAUUUAUUCAUCUUUUCAACACUUUACAUCCAGGGGGCUUGAACAAUAGUCUAGACUUCACAUCAUUCCUAUAAUCGAAUUUGUACUUUGUAACAACAUUGAACCUAGUUAUGUCCAUAUGCCUUUAAAUUAUCUCAACACUUUUAGUACGCCUAAAUGCAAUACUGUCUCUUUAAUUUUGCUGCAACCUCGUUUCCUCUAUCAUUUAAGUGCUGCAAACAAUUUGAGUUAGCAAAGCAAACAUACUUGGUACACUUAGACCUGAGAAACCUCGGUUUUGCAGGCCAGUCGAAAUCUAUUUCGGCAUGAAGCAGUAUAUAAAUGGAAUAACAACAGCAGCAAGAACUACUGUGCCAUUGUACUUCAGGCUCCCUCCAGCUGUUGUGCAAGCUUACAUCCAGUUAUGUAGCAAACCUGGAAUUGCUAUCAGCAGUGGUACUGCCUCCUGAAUCAGGGAUUGGAGAACUGGGUCAACCGAUAACAAAAUGGAUUUCAAUAUAGACAAAUGUAAGCCUACACACUUAGGCAGGAAGAACCAUUUGCACAAAUAUAAGACGGGGACACCUGGCUUGCCAGUAGUACAUGUGAAAAGGAUCUAGGUGUCUUAGCUUAAGAUGAGUCCACAGUGUGAUGCAGCAGCAAAAUACCCUAAUGCUAUUCUAGGCUGCAACAACAGAAGUAUAGUGUCUGCUCUAUUCUGCCUUGGUCAGAUCACACCUGGAGUUACUGUGUCCAGUUCUGGGCACUACAAUUUAAGAAGGAUCUUGACAAGCUAGAACAUGUGCAGAGGAGGCUGACCAAGAUGAUCAAGGGUUUGGAAGCCAUGCCUUAUGAGGAAUGGUUGAGGAAGUUGGGUACGUUCAGCCUAAGAAAGAGGAGCCUGAGAGGAGAUGUGAUAGCUAUCUUCAAAUAUCUAAAGGGCUGCAACAUGGAGGAUGGAGCAAACUAAGACCAAAACCAAUGGAAUCAAGCAUUGGUAUGAACAACUCCAUCACCUCUGGGCUAGUGGUUGGCCAAUGCCGGCUCAAUGACCCCGUGCAGUUCAUCCUGGUGCCGGCCGUCUACUGCCUUGUGUUGUGUGUGGGACUCCCAGGCAACGUGGCGGCCUUGCUGGUCUUCUUACAGAGUGGACGGGUUAGGAAGGCUAUCCGCAUCUACCUCAUCAACCUGACACUGGCGGACAUCUUCUUCAACCUCACUCUGCCAUUCUGGAUCCCUUACUAUCUGGCUGAGGGGCAUUGGGAGCUGCCGGAGGCCUUCUGCCGCUUGGCUGGAGCCACUUACUACUUGGCUACCUACAGUGCUAUGGCCUUCAUGACGCUCAUCAGCCUGAACCGCUACUGUACCAUUGCCAAGCUGGAGAUGGCUUUGAACAGGCCCCUGGGGGCGCUAGUGGGCUGUGCUGUGGCAUGGCUGCUGUGCUUUGCCUGCGCAGUCCCCUCUUUGCUGACCCAGCAGACCUACCAGGUGGAAGCGAUUAGCAUGAAAUGCUUUGAACAACACUCAGGGAGGAGGAGUUAUGCCUGCGCCAUGGUGGUUCUGUUUGCGGCCUCCUUCCUGGUUGUGUUAGGGGCCUACAUGUCCAUCAUGAGAUCUCUCUCGGCCUCAGCCGGCACCUGCCAAGGUGGGCACCGCCGGCGGGCACGUGCCAUGGUCCUGGGCAUGCUGCUGGUAUUUGUGGUCUGUGUGGCACCCUACCAUCUUUCUCUGGUUCCCUGGGUGGCCGACCGCAUGGCCAGUUCCUUCUGCAGCCCUCCGUCUUUCUUGGACAACCUGCACAUGCUGAGUGUGGCUCUGUUGAGCCUCAACAGCUGCAUUGACCCCCUCAUCUAUUGCUUCUCUAUCAAACGCUUCCGGACUGAUUUGUGGAUGAUGGUGCGGAAGGUCGCACGCUGCCUCCCACUCCCCUCAGCGCUGCCGCCGCCGCCACCGGAAAACAGAUCUCCACCCAAUAUUCGGUCAUCAUCUCUAACUUCUUCAUAGCUGGAGUGAAGGUCCUUCAGAUGGAACUCAAGCUCCCUCUCCAUCAUUUGGACUUGAUUUUGAAUUUGAUGUUGCCUACAGACCUCUUUUUGACCAGAUUGUGGCUUGCAAAUACCAACCACACUGUUCCAGUAAGAACAGUUUCCCUGUCUAUCAUCCACAUGGAAUUCAUGAGGUUGAAAGGGGGGUGGAUUGGCAGAGCUUAUACAACCAGGUUUUUCCAAGCAUGGUCAAAUCAAGUGAUCCACAACUGGUGCAGCGGCAAAGCACAAUUUUAAAAGGAUCACACAGAAAUGGCUGGAAUUGGGAAUAGACAGUGAAUUACCUGUCCAUAGCUGUAAAGCGCCAGUUAAUAGGUUAUUUUCCUGGAUGGCUUCAUCAUUUUAGUUCAGUGGUAUGCAACCUUCAGCCUGCAGGCCUAAACAGGCCUUAUCAGAUUUCCCCAUUUGGCCUGCAAGGCUGUUUUGCCCAAGCCCCACCAACAUGCCUGAUGCCCAUCUGAUACCAUAUGUCAGGGCUGGGGAACCUCUAAACCUUCAAAUGUGGUCGGUUGCCAAUUCUCAUCAGCCUCAGCAAUAAUGGUCAAUGGUUAGGGAUGGUGGGAGUUGUAGUCCAGCAACAACAUCUGGAGGGCCACAGGUUCCCCAAUCUUGUCAUAGAGGCAUGGGAUAAAUAAAGAUGCAGCUGAGGUUGUUGUUUUUGUUGUUGUUGCAGGAAGUGAUGAUCAGCUGAUCAGUGGUACUUGCAAAUCCCUGCACACUGACCUCCACAUGCACCAACCCUCAGCGAUUGUUGGGGCUUUCAACGUGCUGUUUGUGGGACUUUGGAAGCCCUGUGCCUUUGCCUCCACCGUUGAAACUAUGCAGGCAGAAAUGGAUCACGUGUUGUUCUGAUGUCAGAUGAUUGACAGGUGGGUGGCCCCAGGCACCUGUCAGAUUUGACCCAUGAGGAAUGAGGGGGAUAAGAAUCUGGUGGCUGGAACCAAUGUCCCAACCCCUGUUUUAGGUUAGAAGUUGGCAAACAGGGGGACGAUGACAAUGUGCCAACUCUUAUGGUUCAGGGUGUUCCAGAUGCUGACAUAGGAACAUAAGAAAAGCCUGCUGGACUCUAUACCGAUUGCCCAUCUAGUCCAGCAUCCUGUUCUCAACCCGAUGCCCCCAAGGGAAGCAUGCAAGCAGGACCUGAGGACAGGUACCCUCUCCCUUCCUGUAUUUCCAGCAACUGGCCUUCAGAGGCGGAGUGGAGGCAGAACAUACUCCCUGUGACUAGUAGCCCUUGGUAGUCUUAUCCUCCAUGACUUGGCCUAAUAAUGGAGGUCCUGCACCCCUGAAGUGGAGGGCUGUCCUGCAGGACACAAGGCCACCCUCCAGUUCCCCCCUCUCCCUUUACAUAAGCGUCCUUUUACUGUUCACAGACAUUGCUCAAUGAAGCACCUCCUCCUGUACAUCGCAUCAUCUCUGCCUGAGUCAGCUUCUCCUGUUUCUUCAGCCUCCCCAGUGUAGGCUUCUUGCUUCCCUCCCCACAACCUGCUUACCUGCUUUGACUUUUGGAAAUGAACUCCAGCUUGCUUUGCUGGCUUUCAGUGGUGCGUCACCCACCAAGCAUCUGCCUUGGCUUGGCCCACUCUCUGAAGGAAGGCCAGACUAAAACUUGUCGGUGCUUCACAGAUUGAAAAUGUAGAAAGGACCGAGACAUUGUCUUGGCUUGCUGUAUGUAGAGUUGUCAGCUUUUUAAACACACCCUUGUUGCUGUGCCUUUAAUCUCAGACCAGAUCACUGCCACAGGUUUUACCCGGACAUUCCCGUGACCUCCUGACUGAGCCUCCUCUCUUAAUUACUGUGUCGUUUUAAUGAGAUUGCUUUAUCGCCUGUUUUAUUUAUUUAUUUAUCAUUCCAUUUCUAUCCCGCCAUUCCCCCCCCCCAAGGACUCAAGGUGGUGUACAUCAUUCUCCCCCUCCCCAUUUUAUCCUUGAGAACAACCCUGCGAGGUAGGUUAGGCUGAGAGACAGUGAUGAGCUGAAAAGUCACCCAGUGUGCUUCAAUCACUGAAUGGGGAUUUUUGAAGCCUGGUCAGCCAAGUCCUAAUCCGAUGCUGUAACCACUAUGCAACACUGUCUAUGCAUGUUUCUAUUCCAAGGUUUUGACUGGUUUUCAUAUUUUAGAGUUUGAAUUGAUUUGUGUACUUGUAAACCACCAAGAAGCCUAUUUUGACAUUAACCAGUAUAUAACGUAAUCAUAACUGCGAAAAAAUGCAAUUGCUGGAGCUCCUGCUACUAUUAAAGGCACAGCUACAGGGAAUAGUUGAAAAGCUGGCAACUCUGGCUGUAGAUAUCCACUUUUUUUGGCAACAGACAGAUGUGUGCUGGCUUCUGAAGCAGGAGGUGGCAGUAAACUGACCAUGAGCACAUUUUCUCCCCCCCCCCUUUAAAAAAGCAUCAAUGAAAACAGGGGCAAGAUAUAGCCAGGGACACGUCGUACCAGUGAAUAAACACUUUCCCACACCAAUGGGGACAGUCGGUGGGUGGGUGUGUACACCUUAGGGUGGCCAUUUAUCCAUUACCAAAAAAGAAAGAAAGAAAGAAAGAAAAAGAGGAUACAGAUUUGCAUAAAAUUUGCAUGUGCUAAUUUAUAUGUACAGAUGCAAACUUAGAAAUGAUUACUGUAAUUUAAAUAGAAAUACAGUUCAUCUCUCCAUUGUAGGGAAGACUGUGACCAGGUGUCCUCUGUGCCUGCCUGCUCAGUCUGUUGUCCAAAUGCUGAUGGUGGUGGUUGGCCAACUCUGAGGCCUCUCUUGCUCUCCCUCCUUAUGGUUCUUGUAUCAUUAAAUCAUUCCUGGACUGGACACCCCUUCCAUUAAAGCAGUAGUCUUCAUUUGGGGACCUGUUUCCUAAUUCUGUACCGUCUAUUUGCUCGAUGCUGCUGCUGCUGCUGCUGCUGCUGCUGUGACCCACCUGAGAUCAGGCCAUGUCCCACCAGCUGAAGACCAAUGAAACAGAGGACGGUUUUCAAACAGACAACUGGCAGCCCUUCCAAUGGAGGACCGUCCUCUGUAAAGCUGGACAUGUGAGCCACCCUGAUCCCAUAGAAGAACACGGGACUUCUCCAGUGCCUGAUUUUGUUUGUUUAUUUUGGCCUUUUGAACAGUUCUCCAUAACGUCUACAGUGCCAACCAUCUUUCCUCAAGCCAGUGGCAGACAUACUUCCCUUUCACCACCUAGGAGAAAGGCCACUGUUCAGUGGUUAAACACCUGUUUUGAAGGCAGGAGUCCCCAGCUUCAACCCCCGGCAUCUCCAGGUGGAGCUGGGAGGGAACCCAGCCUGAAAUCAAAGCCAGUCAACAAAGACAAACGCUGAGCUAGAUGGACCCAUGGUCUGAUUCAGUAUAAGGCAGCUUAUUACGUCCCUAUAAAAUUCAUAUAACAAAACCAGAGAGCCACGAUGUCAAAGGUUGACCAGGCCCCUCAGCAUGCCUCCCAAGCAAUGCUCUGGGCCUGGAGUAAUCGAACAGUAAUUAUUUUAAUU